AUGCUUUCAUUCUUAAUUUUCUUCUCUUUUGUUCUCACUCUCACUUUUACUCUCUUUUACUUUAACUUUCUUCCCCUCUCACUUUUUCUCUCCUUCAUUAAUUCUUACUCUCCUUCUCUCUUGUUCUGUUUCCUUAUCUUUAGCUUUCUUUCUCAUUCUCCAUUUUUACUCUCUCUCUCUCUCUCUCUCACCUUCUGUAAUCAGUUAUAUUUAUUCGUCGUCUUAGUUUAUAAAAACAUGAAUUGUAGACAUUACCUUCACAUGCCAGAUAUUUUGAGUUAUACAUUCAUUUAUUCCUGCUUGCCUCUCUCUACUCGGUGGUCAGUCUGUCUCUUCUCGGUGGUCAGUCUGUCUCUUCGGUGGUCAGUCUGUCUCUUCUGUCAGUCUGUCUCUUCUCGGUGGUCAGUCUGUCUCUUCUCGGUGGUCAGUCUGUCUCUUCUCGGUGGUCAGUCUGUCUCUUCUCGGUGGUCAGUCUGUCUCUUCUCGGUGGUCAGUCUGUCUCUUCUCGGUGGUCAGUCUGUCUCUUCUCGGUGGUCAGUCUGUCUCUUCUCGGUGGUCAGUCUGUCUCUUCUCGGUGGUCAGUCUGUCUCUUCUCGGUGGUCAGUCUGUCUCUUCUCGGUGGUCAGUCUGUCUCUUCUCGGUGGUCAGUCUGUCUCUUCUCGGUGGUCAGUCUGUCUCUUCUCGGUGGUCAGUCUGUCUCUUCUGGUGGUCAGUCUGUCUCUUCUUUCAGUCUGUCUCUUCUCGGUGGUCUUGUCUGUCUCUUCUCGGUGGUCAGUCUGUCUCUUCUCGGUGGUCAGUCUGUCUUUCUCGGUGGUCAAGGAUGGUCAAUUCCAGUCUGUCUCUUCUAAGUCUGUCUCUUCUCGGUGGUCAGUUUUCUUCUCACUCGGUGGUCAGUCUGAUAAAUGUCUCUUCCAGUUUAUCACUUCAUCUUGA